AUGGUUCCCUUUUACCAGCCCGAGCCGCCCUUCUCCUGGCCGUACCUCCGCUUCCAGUUCCCCGGGCAGCAGCCCGCUCCUCCCAUGAUGAACGCGACCAACACGUUCACCUCGCUGAGCAGCUUUCUCGCCGAUCGCUCGCCCUUCGGGUCGAUUCUCCGCAUCGAGAUCCUCUCCACGUGGAGAGCGUCGCGCUUCGUGGCGCUCGAUCGCAUCCAGUUCGUCGAUCCCCUCGGCCGCGUCAUCCCGUCUUCCUACUGUCGCCUCUUCUCCGAUCCGCUGCCGCUGGACGACGACGGCCGGCCGUACCGGCACAAAAUCGAAGGCCUCGUCGUGAACAGAACCGACAGUCCGGAGAAAUCGUGGAAACCGUGGAGGUCGUUGUACCUGGAUAGCAGCGCGGUGCGUGAGGGCUCGGCGUCGUUGAGGAAUAAGAGGAGCUCGCUGUUUGUUCUGUUUGAUACGCCGGUGAUGAUCGCUUUCAUGCGAAUCUGGAACUGCCACGAUGUGGAGGAGUGGAGAGCGAAGAAGGUGCGCGUGACGCUGGAUGAUUUUGUGCUCUUUGUGGGAGAGCUGAGCUUUCUGCGCGCCAACGAGCGCGACUACCAGACGAUUCUGUUUGUGAACGGGAUUGGACUGUUGGAGAAAGAGGGUGAGCCAAGGAGAGAGGAAAGGACAUGAAGGGGAUGUCACGUGUGGAGACGAUCUGUCGGAAAUAAUAAUAAAAUAGAAUUGUCUUUCUUUGGUUAUCGUCUCC